AUGAGGUCCAUGGUGACAUAUCUCAUCAUACUCGGUGCAGCCCUGGUACAUGCGAGUCCCUUCACAGCCAUGUCACCCAGCCCGAGCAAAGAUACAUUGUCUCUUCAGGCCAUACCGACAUUCCGAGGAACUGGCCUCCACCACCCGACACCAGUGGCGUCACUCACAAGACCGACGGGAUCCGGCUGCCAGAGGAACACGACGACAAAAUACACGCUCCCCGUCCCAAAGGUGACGCCUCCCCCAGCAGCCGGCGGCGUCUUCUUCGAGCCUGAAAGCGAAACAGCGGUCGCAGAAGUGGGUGCAAAAUUCAGGCAGACGACUUAUUACACAUGCGUGACUUGGCCGUCUACAGUGCAUUGCGGCUGGCAUGAGCCCAUCUUGGAUGCCAGUAUGAACGCAGCGUGGAGUGGGUAUGGUAGCAGAAAAGCCGCCGCCUGGGGUACGAUGGCUGCCAUUGCGGCGUUAGCGGUCGUAAUGGGGACAUGA